CGAAGCAUGUGGAGUUCAAUGUUUUAUUUAUCUCCACGUUCAUUAUACAAAUUUGUGUAUAACAAAUUGUAAAUAAGUAAUUUAGCAUUAUGUGAUGUUGUUUUGUUUUUAACAGCAAUUACAUAUUGUUCAUGUGUGUUAAAUUCUUAAAGAAGAUCUUAAAUUAGAUCUUUUAUUUUCAUGCAAUAAGGUUAGAAAGACAUGAUUAUGAAGAAAGAAAAUAUAAAAGGUUUUAAAACGCUAUGGAUUCGUUUUGACGCAGAGAGUUCCGAUAAGCAUCAGUUGUUUUUUAAGGAACACUCUAUAAGAAAUCAAGAACCUGAGUAUCCUAAGAAUCAUACUCUCUUUGUAUUAAAUGUGCCACCAUAUGCAACUACUGAUUGUUUGAAAUAUGCAUUUGCCAAACUUUGUGGAGAUGUUCGCUCUAUUACAUUUGCAAACGCGAAAGGAUUUAAAACUGCAUAUAUUGUCUUUGAAAAAGAAUCCUCCUUGGAUAAAGCAAUGGAACUUUCGAAAAAUAGUAUAAUUACACUGAACGAUGAUGAAAAUGUGUGUCUCACAGGAAUAGAAAAAUGGUGUAAAGAGUACAACAAUUCUUUGUGCGAUGAACAAGUAGCAAAAAAGGAAAUCGAAGAUUAUAUUGCUUUCUAUGAUAAGCAAAUAGAGCAACGUCUGACAAUGGAAAAAGCUGAGAAAAAGGAUGACGAAGGCUGGACAACAGUAUCAGGCAAAAAGAAAAGAGGGAAAUUUGCACCAUCUAGGAAGGAAUCUACCAUCGAUAAGGUACAGCAAAAAGAGGAACAACGCAAGAAAAAGAAACAAUUGCUUAAUUUCUACACUUUCCAAAUUCGUGAGGCAAAGAAACAAAAUUUAGCAGAAUUACGAAAAAAGUUCGAAUUAGAUAAAAAGAGAUUGCAAGAGUUGAAAGUAAAACGGACAUUUAAACCAUUUUAGGUAUGUUAAAUAUUAUUAUAAGUAAUAUAAAAAUAUAAAUUAAAAUAAAAUUAUAAAACACAUGUUUAUAUUUGUCAUUCAUAAGAAUCGCAGUUUUUAUGUACAAACAAAGUAAAUAAUUACUAUUUAAGAUAUCAUUGUCCAAAUAAGUUGCAUU